AUGACAAUGAAAACAUCUCGUGAAGAAACAAAGCCGAUCGCCGACGGUACUCCGCCGCAAACCUCACCGGCGGCUGACCUAAUAGCCAACAACUUCGACGUCCUCACCCAAAUCCUUCUCCGUCUACCGGCCAAAUCCCUGAUCCGAUUCAAGUCCGUGUCCAAGCACUGGUUCUCUCUCCUCUCCGACUCCCAAUUUGCCUCCGCCCACUCCCGCCUAAAUCCUAAACCCUUGAUCUCGUCCUUUUAUUUCUACUACAACGAAAGACUCGAAUCAGUUUCCCUCAACGGCAGCCCUACCCUUCCCUCUCUCUCCUUCCUACGUCACCUCACAGGUGAUUACACGAUUCUACAGUCGUGCAACGGUUUACUGUCGAUCAAGAACGUACAACUUGUUGAUGAUUGUGUUGAAGCGCAAUACAUCGUUUGUAACCCGAUCACACAGAAAUUCCAUUUACUAGCUCGCCCAGGUGGAGAUUGUGACGAAUCAUGUUGCUUAGCUUUCGAUCCAUCAAAAUCGCCUCACUACAAAGUUGUAUUUCUUGUUUGGCGACUUGGAGUCUCUUUUGUCUCUUUGGAGAUGGAUAUAUACUCAUCAGAGACUGCGUGUUGGAAGAAUAUAUCUUCAAUGGACAAGUUUAGAAAAAUUUUGAAUGGUGCGUUUUGGAAUGGAGCUAUCUAUUGGCUAUGUGACCAAUAUAAUCUGUUGAGAUUUGACGUCGAGACAGAGAAGGUGAUGAUGAUUCCGUACAUGCCAAGUAGUAGUAGUGGUAGAAUUCUCUCUCCAUACAACACUAGGUAUUUUGGAGAAUGCGGCUGGAGUGGCCGUUUGCUUCUGAUUCAGAGUCAAUCGCAUUUUGGCGCGAGAUUAAAAAUCUGGGAGAUGGACAAGGACUACUGCCGUUGGAAUGUCAAGUUUCAUGUCGAUCUCAAGACCUUGAUAGCUGAAUUCCCUGAGAUGGGAAGUAAAACGCGGUGUAAAUUUACAUUGAUGGGUGUUGUCGAGGGAGAGAAGGAAGAUGACUUUGUGCUUAUCUUGGCUAUCCCGGGGAGGCGGUUUGUUAUAAUUACAGUAGUUAUGGUAGAAAGCUAUGGUAAACUCUCAAUAUCAAUCUCUGUAUCAGAGUUGAUCCAACAAUCAUACUGCAGCUACACAACUGUUGAUCGAACUGUCCUAGUAUUGACGUUUGUGCAAAUUGGUAGAAAUUUUUUGUCAAAUUAUGGCACCCCUAAAGAGAAUUUUCGGCUAGCACUUGACUUCAAAUCGGUGUUGGAGACAAGGGGACCCAUAGACAAUCUUGUCUUUUUUUUAGAACUAGUAAGUAGCAAUAUCUAUAUUAUAGACCAGCACAAGGUGUCAUUGGAGGUUGAAGUCAUCCUUAAUCCAGAGGAGGAUUAG